GAAAUGAGUUAAUAAGAUUAGCUUGUAAAAAUAACAUUGAUAAAAGUGCCGGAUGGAUAUUAAGUUGAAGAUAAAAUUUAUACAAAAAUAAAAAUUCCAAAAACAUUUCUUGAUCAAUAAAAAAUUAAUCAUCCAAAACCUGCUUAAAAAUAAUAGGUUAUUGCUAAACCACCACCUCCACCUUAAAUUAAAUAAUAAGCACCUCCUUAAAUUUAACCUGUUAAUCCUCCUCCUCCAAUACCUCCUUAAAAUAAUUAAGUUCAAUUAUAGUAAGAUAAUAACUCUAUACAUAUAUGGAAUCCUCCUUAAAACCCUUAAAACAUUCAUUAAGUAAAAUAAAUGCCUCCUUAAACUUAAUGGUUUCCAUAACCACAACUUACUUAAAUCCAACCUCCACCUCAAUUAUAAUAGCCGCCUUAACCAUAAAUAUAGCCAUAAGAAAUAUAAAAAUAAGAAAAUAAAAGACAAUUAUCUAAACAUUCACUUAUAAUUCCUUCCUGUGCUAAUUGGUUCUAAAUGGAUAAUAUUCACGAAAUUGAAAAAAAUCAUUUCCCAGAAUUUUUUACAAAUUAACAUGUUUCUAAAACACCAGAACUUUAUAAAAAAUAUAGAAACUUUAUUGUUAAUCUUUAUAAAAAUUAACCCAGCACAUAUUUAACAACAAUCGCUUGUAGAAAAGUCUUAGCAGGGGAUGCAUGUACAAUAUCAAGAAUACAUGGAUUUUUAUAAUAUUGGGGUUUAAUUAAUUAUUCUGUUGACCCAGACACAUGUCCAAAUAAAGUACUUCCAUAAUAACCAAUGACAAAGAGUCUUUAUAGAACUCUGUAAUUAAAUGCUAAAGAUGAGUUAGAUGAAAAAAGUGACUUAAAUUAAAAUGAAAUAGCUUUAAUUAAUGCAAUAAAAAUAUUUUCAAAAAAAUAUAGGUAGUAAAUAUUUUAAACAUUAGGCCUGGUUGUUCAUUUUGUGGAAUUUAAUGUGGAUUACAAUGGUAUUCUGAAAAAGAGUAAAUUUAAAAAGAUAAUUUAGAUUUAGAUAAAGUAGAAAAUGUUAAAGAACUUGAAACAAAAAAUAAAAAUCAAAUUAAAUUAGAUUUAUGCAUGAAGUGUUUUUCUAAUAAUAAUUUUCCAAAUAAUUUUACUUCAGAUGAUUUUUAUUUAACUAAUCUUGAGUAAAAAUUUUUAUCAUUACAUGUUUUAUCUGAUUAAUCUAGAUCAGUUUUAAAUGAUUAAGAAGUCAGUUACCUUAUAUCCCUUAUUCAAGAAACUGAUUAAAGUUGGGAAAAAAUGGCGUAAUAAUUAAAUUAAACAUUUUCAACAUCUCACACUGAAGAAGAAUUGAUUUUACAUUUUCUUUAAUAUCCUAUUGAACAUUUAAUUGAAAUUGAUAAAAUUAUUGAUUCAAAAGAAUGUUUAGAAAAAUUAUCAAUUAAUGAUAUUUCAAAUAGAAUUGCUUUUGAAGAGGUAAACUAUAUAUUUAAUUUUAGCCCAAUAUUUUUAGUGAUUAAAAAAAUCUUGUUAGUUUCCAUUUAUCAAUAUUUUAAAAAUUACUUAAUAAUUUUAAUAAAAAAGACUCAGAAGAAUUUCUAAAAUUAGAUGAUGUGAAAUAAAUAAGCAAUGAUAAUGAUAAUUUUAUUGAAGAGGAAAAAAGAGUUAUUUAAAUGAAUUAAGAAACAUUAGAUAGAGCAAAAUCACUAUAAAAAAGAGAAGAAGAAAAACUAAAUAAUCAUAUUAAUCUUUUGAUUAGUUUAUAGAUGGAAAAAUUAGAACAUAAACUUACAUUUUUAGAAGAAUAUGAAAAAUUAAUCCUCUAUGAAAAAUAAUAAUUGGAAAUAUGCCAAGUAAUUAAUAGAUUAUAUAUUUUAGAAAUAAACUUUAGCAGAACGACUGGUAAUAGUAUAAUAAAAACUUUAAUAUUACUCAGAUAAUAAUUAAUGA